AGAUUUGGGAGAAUUUGGUAGGCUUUCAAAUUCUUGCUAUCUUUAUUCGAGCAUGGCCCACUAACGCAGUAGCCCUCAUCGUACCUGCCAAGAAUGAACCAAGUCUGCAAAUCUAAUGUCUCUUAGCUCAGUUUGAGCAUACCUGAAGAGACAAGAACAUACUGAAUAUAUAAGGUACUAUUAGUGCACCCUGAGGGACAGUCAUCAACAUGGGAAGCGGAACUAGUAAGUCGGUUGUGACGACAUCGAACCCUACAGAGAACAAGGGCGAGAUCAAAGGCAUCCUCAAGAAAGAACCUAAUAGGAGCGCAAGGAUGGAAACGACGGCUUGGAGUCGGAGUGAACCAGGGAUCUAUAGUGCCUCCGACGAUAAUACCGAAGAGGAUUCCAAGCACAUAUAUGAUGCCGUUGGCGCUGAUACCGGCGAGGAAGAGAAGGAGAAGGCCGAUGUUGCAUGCAAUGGUGACGAGGACAACGACGACUCGCUUUCAGAGGGUUCCAGUUCGGAAUACUGCAUGACAACGGGACGGCCUGGUAGCCAGUCGGAAGAGAGCGAAGAGGAUCGGAAUAAGAAACUCAACGUUCUUCACCAAACUGGGAGAUACCAUGAAACUGAAUUCACCGAUGCCAAAUUCAAGGUGUUCAAUGACUACCUGGUGUGGGCUACAGAGACCGGAAGUCGAGGAGAGAGGGUAGUCAUUCCUGAUGAUAACAUGAAGAUACAGCAAAAGCAAACGAUACGUGACACAAUGGCCAAACUCGAAGAGGCUGAUUCGUACACUGGUAACGAUGAGCUUCACUGCCUCCUCGUCCUCUGUAAGAUGAGCGAUGUCAGACAGAAAGAUUACGUCGAGCUCGUCACUGAGCUAGGCUAUGCUAAGCUGUUCAUGAAGAUCUGGCAAUCGUUACAUGAGGUCAACGUCAAUGAUCAGCUCGCAAAUCCAGCAACAUACCUGGCCAUCAGCAUGUUGCUGGAUGCGACGCAGGGCUUCACCGAAAUCGGAGUCGACCUUUGCCGUGAUAUGGGCACCGAGUGCGUUGGUGCCUUGCUGCUAGUGCUCUACGAUAAGUUCUACGAGGUAGAUGAACUCAAUAUGGACAGCAAGAAACUGAGGUGGAUGUCGAGGAGAGAGUUCCUUAAGAGGGUGCUCACUGUCCUUUAUCAUUGUAUACGACAUUACAUGGAUAACAAGGAUAUCUUCCGAGAACACCAUGCUUCAUUGCUUCUCAAGCCUUACCUGAAGUGCCGAUUUCUCAUCUUACGAGUCAAGGCAAUAUUUACCUUAGCUUUCAUCGUAACGGAAGACGAAAACGCGCAUUUGAAUACGACCAACACCAACAUUGAUUUCAUCAUCAAGAUAUUGAGCAAAGCUUUGAGUGAACCCAACCACUAUUCCGCACACUACAACUUCUCUGCAAGCCAGGUGGCAGAUGCCAUGAAAUAUCUCGCCGCAUAUGACGAUAACAAGCUCAAGUUCGUUGCAUCCGGGGCGCUUUCUCGCAUUGUCUCCAUGCUCCAAGAUGGCAACCCGGUAGAAGAACAGAAGAGUGCCAUGGAAGCCCUCUGGACGCUAUCCUUUCACCCGAAAAAUAAGAAUGCCAUCCUCAAGGAAAAGGGAUGUUUAGAAAUUGUCCGUGAGUUCAAGAAGUCGGAACACCUCUGUAGAUCUUCGACAGCAAUCCUGUGGAACGUUGGUGAAGAAACACAUGCUACACUUACGAAGAAGUCGAAGGACUCAUCUCGCAAACCAAAGCCCGAUGACCGCGAAACUUCACCGUUAAAAUCUCAAGGUGCUGCCAAGGAGGACAACAUCGCCAACAUGGAAACCAUCAACAAUAACAACUAUGCAGAAAAUGGUGAAGAUGACGAGGAGGAAGAAAUCAGUACUAAUCACGUGAUGCUCAGCUACCAAUGGGAUGUCCAGAAACAGAUCCUCAAGGUCAAGGAACUUUUGCAGGCUGACGGCUACAAAGUCUGGAUGGAUGUUGACCAAAUGGGUGGAUCUACCCUCGAGGCUAUGGCUUCAGCAGUGGAGAAUGCAAUGGUCGUCCUUAUCUGCUUCUCAGAGAAGUAUAAGAACAGCCCUGCGUGUAGAACAGAGGCCGAGUACACUUUCAAGCUCAACAAGGCCAUCAUCCCCCUCCAGAUGCAACAGAACUACAAACCUGAUGGCUGGCUGGGGAUCAUGAUCGGUACCAAGUUCUACAUACAGAUGUCCACCAUGGACGAAGUCAUCAGCAACGUCGACAGGCUCAAACGGGAGCUGGCUGGCCGUGGUCGUGUUCCGACGAUGUCCUUGUCCACCAGGCUGCCGUCCAUUUCUUCUGGGGAUGGAGCUGUGGCAGCGUCGAGCAAAUUCAAACGCAAUGACUCGAAAAGGCAAUCUCGACGAGAAGCCGCCAAAGACGUCGCCAGCUGGACAAACAACGAAGUGAACUCCUGGUUGACGCGAAAUGGCCUCCCCGAGCUCAAGAAUCGUCUACAGGGUUACGACGGGGAGGGUAUCAUGGGUCUGAAGACCAUUGCCAACGAUGCACCCGAGUUCUUCUACAAAGAGGUAAAGACUGAGUUGGGUCUCAAGUCUCUGAGAGAGAUCAUCCGCUUCAAGCAGGCUCUGGAUGACAUCUUAUGAAGGAAGACUUUGAAGAAUACCAUCGCGCCGAUGUGUCUUUUACUUCCACAGUGUGUGAGCGUAUUGAAGAUUUUCAAAGUCCGUUGAGAGUGUUGUGGGACAUGCUGGAUUGUGCGUAGUAUGAGUCAGUACCCAGUGGUACCUGCAGAACCUAUAGAAGGGUUGUGGUACACUGACUAAUUGUGUUACCUGAUGAAUCUUUGUGAUGGGUGGUGCACUUUGGUACCCAUUGAAGAAGCGAUUGUUGCAACCUUCUGGCGAUGUUUCUGAUUUAGAUGUUCCCCCUCUCACAACCAUGCGUCUUGCAGGAAGUCUGAAUAGCUGUAAGAGUGAUGCAAGAGGUAAUGGCUUUGAGGCUAAUGAGUCUGCCCUGUCCUGCAAGUCAGUACAAAAAAGUAAUUAACAUAGUCUAAACUUGCUUGCAACGGAAGCGUUAGUGGUAGGGUUUCUUUUUCUUCUGAACUUGAUUGCAAGAGAUCACGGAAAUUAAUUGAAGUUAACGCUUCAACUUUGGAAACUACUGGUGUUGUAACUAUUUUAGAGUAAGAAGUGUUAAUUGCUCAAACCACAAUAAACAUUUGUGGGAGAUUUCCGUGGCAUAUAUUCACCAGCAUCGUGAUGGCCUAGUAUAGUUUCAAAGGACAGAAUAUCGUUAGUUUAGAAUUUAGACUGGAAUAGUGUCCCUUUUAGAUUAGCUAGCUAUGGUAUCUGGUGAACCUGAUUCGAUGAGAAUAGCAAGCCAUUGCAAUUUAAACAUUACUGUCUUUCAGUCUUUAUGUGUUUUCAAGGGAGAAAGUAUAGCAUACUCCUUUUCCCUCAAUGAUAUUUUAAUAAUAGUCACCUUGAUUUUCAUUGUGGAAUUACGUAUAACGUUUAGGGGAAUGUACAAUUGUACAGCGUACUUAAAAAUUUUGAAUUUUCCUUAAUGACGAUCCUUGAAAACUGCAUGAGUUUUAGUCUCCUGAAGUUGUCAGGAUCUGAAGAAGGCUUUGCUAAAUUCGUUAUGUUUAUUGAUUAAUCAGAAAGAAAAUGAAUGGAUCUUUAUUUAAUUAAUGGAUUGUUUCUAAUAGUCAUACAAUAUACAGUAUAAAAUAUCAUGAAUGUAGUACAGAAGGCAAUAUGAAAACAAAUCAGGCACAAUAACUUUACAACUAACGGAAUGACACUGUAAUUUUCUCCUCAUUGUAAACUCAAUUAUGAAUAUUGCCAAGCUUGGAUUUUUCUCAUUGCUUUCUGAUUUAAUUGAGAUUUAUGCACGAACACCAUAGCGCCCUCUGCAGAACGUAGCAAACCAUAUAUUGUUGGCAAUGGUAUCCAAUCUUGCAAAGUAUUGCCAACUGAUUAGAUUAGUUGCUCAUCAGAGUGCAAAUCCAUUAUUUGGCUCUCUGCGCAGAACAAAUACUCCUCGUUUUGCGCAAGCGCAUAACAAUUUUUUCCUGCAAUUCAGUUUGUCACAAAAAUAUAAUGAUGUUUAUUAUAACAACAUUUGGAUCUCAAUUUUUGUGUUACGAAUAAUAUUGAUUAUCUGAGAAAAAAUGAAAAUGUAACUGGCAUUUUCUCUUUUUUUUCAGCAGCAUCUACAUUGGCAAUCAGGUUCUUAGCGGUCAUUACAUGGUCUAUAAAAAAAAUCCAAGAUAUUGCAAUUAUUUAUGAGUGUGUAACGAUAAGAAAAUGUUCAGAUUUUUAGGCAGAGUAGAAUCAUUCGUAAUGAGCAUACUUUCUCGCGAUGACCGAAUGGGCAUAUAUUAUGUAUGAGUAUUAUUAUAAAGUGCCUUAAUAUAAUAUAUCAACGAGGGAAACAGUAAUAGCGAGGUUGUGCCGCAUUAUGACUUCAGGUACAGUGUGCAUAAUUAUAUAUUUUGUCAACAGUAUGCAGGUUCCCUAUUCUCAACAUGUAACCUAGACAAACGUCUUAUUUACUCUUAAAAUAGUAAAUUACUUUGUACAGAUCCUUUUUUCGUGUUAGUGUUACAUGUAUUUCAAUGGUCUGUAUAGAUGUAAAUCAUAAUUAAGAUUGCAUAUUUCUACAAAGUGCCUAAAAAGAAAUAUGUUUUUCCAAGACAAUGCAUUCUAUACUUGAUGAACUGUCUCUUUAAUAGUAUUUCAUUUUUGAUGAGGUGUAUUUCAGUUCAUGGUUUAACAAGGCGGAGAAUUAACAUAUAUUUUAUGUACAAUAUUCUAUUGUUCCAGAUCAAAAUGAUUAUUAUUUCAGAGAGAUUUCAAAUGGUCGGGGCAAACAAGUACAGUAGGUAUUUAUAGAUUGAAGUUUUGAUAUGCUUUUCUUCGUUUUUCUUGCAAGAAAUUAUCAACUCUAGACUCAUUUGUGCAAUAUCCAUGUAACAACUGUCUUUAUUUCUAAGAAAUAUCAGUGUAAAGUGGUGUCAACUUAUUUUGGUAUGUUUGUAAUGUAUGUGUGUUUAUUUAUAUCAUAACAACCACUUCAUGAUGUCAUGAAAUGACUGUACAUAAGAGAAUUAAUUUUCAGAGUUUCGUACAGGCGCCUUUGAUCUUAGGUAAGUUGUUAAUUAUUAUUGUAUUUUUUGUCAUUAUCAUCGUAUUUUUAUGUUAUCCUCUAUCAAUGUUGUUAUUAUUAUGAUUGAUAUUUUAUUUCAUUGUUGCGUUUGUUGAUGACGAUGUUUUUUUAAUUUAAAUUGUUUUUAUUCUCAUUGUUACUGUUCGUAAAAUCAUUUCUGUUAUUAUAAAUCAUUAUUGUUUUGUAAUUUUUUAUUAAAUUAGAUUUUAUUAAACUAACUCGGGGAAAUGUAAGGCUUUACACACUCUUUUACAUCACCUUUGCACCGUCAUCCUAAUCAUAAUGUAAAUUAUUCCAAUAAUAUUGAUAAAUGUCUUUCAAUUUUCGAGGUCUUUCAGUCAGUCAACCAAUUAAUGUACAUACAUGUAUGUAAUUUUUAAGUUUGUGACGUAAUAAUAGAUCGAUCAAGUUGGAUUAUAUAUUUCUGAAAUCAUCUAAUAUUUUUUCCGGUGGUAUAUUGUCUUUCAGUAACCAACAGAGGUACACCAAUUUCAUGAGGUCUCAAUCACCUUUCAAGAUUCAAAUUGGCAACAUUUUUUAACCUCUAACUCUUACCCUCUUACAUGUCUGUUUGGAGGUUUUACCUCGGAAAAGGAAUAAUAUCAAUACGCGAUGAAAAUAUAUGGUAAUGUAAUCAAUAAUCAACUUUAUAUUUCUGUUUUUAUAAGUAAGUACGUUGUCCCAUUGCGCAUUGCCGAUUUAGAAAGUUUAUAGUGAUUAAUCCAUGAAAGGUACAAUAAAAUUCCUGUGUACAUUUUACCAAUCUGGAUCAAGAGAUCCCGUGAAACUGUCUCCUAAAAUACUACGAAAGUGUCUCCUGAAGGAGAUUGUACCACUACCUGUCUAUAUACUGCUUAGACGUGUUGAACAGAUGAUAUUUUAUGCAUCUUGUCGGAUGCUGUGUUCAUAGGUUAUGAGUUGGCAUGCAAUUUUUCAUGUUGAUUUAUUCAGUUAUAUUUUCUUAUUUAGUUAUUGAAGAGAUAUCUAUUUUUCUACAGCUUUAUAUGUAGUCUUCUUAAUUUUCAAUCAAAUCUUUAUCGAUUAAUUGUCUUCAGAACAUGCUUCAUGUUAAUUUUGUUUUUAUUCGGCCAAAAUGUUUUUUUUUUCAUUGUUACUCGAUUUGAACGUUUGGUUUUUAAUAUUUGAUGCGUUGAAAUGUGUUUUUAAUCCAUGAAUCCUUUUUCACGUUUCUACAAGAUUGGAAUACUGAUGAUAGCGAUAAUGUUUGUAUCAAGUGACAAUGUGAAUACAUGUAUGAAUAAAUUUAAAAAGUCUGACAAA